AUGGAGGUUAGUUACGGCUGUGAAGAUUCGGCGAAGCCUCAGCAGCCUGCAUUGCAAUCCGGCUGUGGAUGCCAAACGCAUCGGCAAUCAGAUCCCUCGGUGCAACAACAAACUCACAUGCAUAUUGCACAAUUGUUGCCAAAGUCUCUCCCACACGGGCACACGGGGCACGGUUUCUUAAAGUAUACUCCAGUACCUUGCAGAAGCGCGGGAAACGUUUUGCAUGAAACCCCCAACAAGUGUAUUGCAGGCUUCUGCCUCUAUGCUAAAGUUCGCGGGUACCUGAACCAACGCCUCCAGCCCAGUCGCCUCCAGGCUUCAUUAAACUCUGCGCAAAAAUCUCCACACGACCUAGUUUUUCAUUAG